UGGCUGAUAAGGCUGGAGUACGUAUUGUUGUAAGUAUUUGGGGGACAUUCACCUCGUUUCAGCAGAGAUGGAACGAUGGACAGGUCGUGUUGCCCUGGUGACUGGAGCUUCGGCAGGGAUCGGAGCAGCAAUCAGCCGAUCUCUGGUCAAGAGUGGGAUGAAAGUUGUGGGAUGUGCCCGCAAUGUAGAGCGAAUUCAGAAAAUCGCAGACGAGCUGAAAGACGAACCAGGAUCACUCAAACCAAUGAAAUGUGACGUCACACAGGAGGAGGACAUCUUGGCAAUGUUCCAAAACAUCAAAUCUGACCCUGACCUUGGAGGAGUUGACGUCUGUAUUAACAAUGCCGGACUGGGUCAUGAUACCUCUUUGAUGGAAGGAAACACAAGCCAGUGGCGGGAAAUGUUAGAUGUGAAUGUGUUGGCGCUCUGUAUCUGCUCCCGUGAAGCCUAUAAAUCUCAGCGGGAACGAGGUGUCAACGACGGCCACUUCAUCCUGAUCAACAGCAUGUCUGGACAUAGAAUCCAGGUCCACAAAGCCAACCACUUCUACGCUGCCACCAAACACGCUGUCACUGCCAUACUGCACGGGAUGAGGUUUGAGUUCAGGGAAGAUAAGGUUGCUGCCAAGGUUACGUCAAUAAGCCCGGGCGAUGUGGAGACGGAGUUCCUCAACAGAAUGUUAAAGGACGAUGCCAAAGCUCAGGCUAUCUACAGCUCCUCCACUUGUCUGCAGCCGUCCGACAUUGUUGACGCUGUCAUCUACGCUCUCAGUUCUCCUCCACGAGCACAGAUCGAUGACAUCUGGCUCCGUCCAAUCGAUCAGCUGGACUGAUGUACACCAUCAUCUGUACCGUUCGUUGAUUGACACAUGACCAGCUAAAAUUAAAAGUCUUUUCAAACGAUUACCACAUCUGCCAUUUAUUCAAAACAUGUUGAAUACAUACAGCAGUAAAGAUGUGUUUAACUAGAAAUGUCAUUCUCUGCUGUUCAACAGUGAAUAAUACGUGAUGAAACGUGAUGAAAACAUACUUGUACAUAUUAUUUUACAGUUGCAUAUUAAACAGAAAUACAGAAGUAA